UGCUGGAGCCGGGCGCGGCGGAGCCCCGGGACUGAGGCAUGGAGGACCGGCGGGAGCUGUCGCCUUCCCCGACCGCCUCCUCGGAGGAACUCAGCUCCGCGCUGCCGCCCACCAAGGGCAUGUCCAUCUUCCUGGACAUAUUGAGAAGAGCAGACAAAAAUGAUGAUGGAAAACUGUCCUUUGAAGAAUUCAAAGCCUACUUUGCUGAUGGAGUUCUGAGUGGAGAGGAACUACAUGAGCUUUUUCAUACUAUUGACACGCACAAUACUGACAAUCUCGACACGGAAGAACUAUGUGAAUAUUUUUCUCAGCACUUAGGAGAGUAUGAAAAUGUGCUCUCUGCUUUAGAAGACCUUAAUGUUUCCAUACUGAAAGCGAUGGACAAAACAAAAAAAGACUAUCAGGAGGCUUCUAAGUUGGAGCAGUUUGUGACUCGUUUUCUACUGAAGGAAACACUCAAUCAGUUACAGUCUCUCCAAAACUCCCUGGAGUGUGCCAUGGAAACCACAGAGGAGCAAACUCGUCAAGAAAGACAGGGGCCAGCAAAGCCAGAAAUACUCUCGAUUCAGUGGACAGGAAAACGUUCAAAUCGAAGACUUCAAAGGAAUAACAGCUUAUCACCAACCAGUCCUCAUUUUAACACAGGUUGGCCAGAAGACAACAACCAGUGGAUGACCCAGAUAAACAGACUCCAGAAACUGAUUGACAGGCUGGAAAAGAAGGAUCUAAAACUUGAGCCACUAGAAGAGGAGGUUUUGGAAGGAAACACAAAAUCUCACAUCAUGAUCGUUCAGCGUCAAAUGUCUGUGGUAGAAGAAGAACUGGAGGAAUUCCGACUUGCUCUGAAACAGUAUGCGGAAUCUGCUUCUGCCCACGCUGGAUGUUUGCAUGUUUCCAUACAGAAGCUUUCUAGUGAAUCCCGCUUCAUUGUCUAUGAGUUCUGGGAGAACAGCAGUGCCUGGAAUAGCCACCUGCAGACAAACUAUAGUAAGACAUUCCAGAGGAGUAAUGUGGAUUUCCUGGAAGCCCCUGAACUCAUGACAACUAUGCUAGUUCCUGCUUCAUGGUGGGUCCUGAACAACAACUAAGGCUUUCUUUAGGAUUCCAAUUAAUGGUAAAUGUUACAUUUUGCAUAAAAACAGCAUCCGUAAAGUGGUCUAUAGGUGCUAUAUAGCUAUUGGACAGUGAUGUAACAUUGUUUAUCAUAGGUGUAGUCUUUUCCAUUUUAAAAUAUGGCCCCAUUCUGUAUUUAUUACCUGCUCUCCUAGUCAUUAUUUUGGUAAAAUAAUGUAUUUUGUACAAGCUUAUGUAGGACAAUUAUGCCCUUGCUACAUUGUUAGGUAUGCAUUUUCAAACAGGCCAAAUUGUACAUAAAUGUCUUAUAAAAAUGUUACCAUUGUGACUGCGAGUACUUUACAGUGACUGUUUUUACCUUUACACCAAUAAAUAGCUAAUGGUCCAA